CCAGAAUACUCCCAAACAGCCACAAGUACUCCAUACAUCCCACUCUUCUAAUUCUGCCUCCUUCUACUUCAAUCGCGUCACAUCCACAUGCCCUUUCUGCGUACCACAAAACAACUCUUCCGUACAUUUCAGUCCCUCAAUUCUCUUCCCAAAUCAACCCCUCCAAGACUACCCACCAUCCUUUUCAGAACCAUGGCCUCCUCAGCAAUGAGCAAAAGACUCACCGGAAAAACGAUUCUCAUUACUGGAGCUUCUUCAGGAAUUGGUCGUAGUACCGCUCUCGAAUUUGCACGCACUGCCCCGUCCGAUUUACGAUUAAUCCUAACCGCGCGACGAGAUGAUAAGCUGAAGGAGAUUGCGGAGGAGAUAAAGAAGGAGGUGGGAGAUGGUGUUCAAGUUUUACCUUUCAAAUUGGAUGUUAGUAAUGCGGAAGAAAUUAGAGGAUUUGUGAAAGCAUUGCCAGAAGAAUGGAGGGCAAUUGAUGUAUUGGUUAAUAAUGCGUUUGUACUCCUUCCUUCUUCUACAAUCCCGACAACAAAGGCUAAGUGAGUAUCAUACAGAGGUCUUGUCAAAGGCGUAGCGAAAGCUCCUGAAAUUGCUGAAGAAGAUAUCGCUGUUAUGUUUGCAACCAAUGUUACCGGCCUUAUCAACAUGACACAAGCUAUCCUCCCCAUCUUCAAAUCUCGACCCGACGGAGGAAAAGGAGAUAUCAUCAACAUCGGGAGUAUUGCGGGUAGGGAGCCAUAUGUUGGUGGCAGUAUUUACUGUGCUACGAAAGCUGCAAUUAGAAGUUUUACGGAUUCUUUGAGAAGGGAAUUGAUUGCUACACGAAUUAGAAUUAUUGAGAUCGACCCCGGUCAGGUUGAAACUGUGAGUCAAAUACGUGUCCAGGCUCAGAAUAACGCAACGGGUCGUAGAGUUGGAUGAUGAGACGGGGAGUUGCUGACAUUUUCAUCAGGAGUUUUCGGUCGUUAGAUUUUACGGAGAUAAGAGCAAGGCGGAUGCGGUUUACGCGUAUGUUUUCUUCCCUGAUCCAGUACUCAUCAAUCAUCGUUCCCGAGCUCACAAAGUUACAGUGGCUGCGAGCCCCUGACUCCAGACGAUAUCGCCGAGGUGAUCGUUUUUACGGCUGGCAGAAGGGAAAAUGUCGUCGUAGCGGACACUUUGAUUUUCCCCAACCACCAGGUAAGAUGACAUUCUACAGUGCCAUUUAUGCAGUGUUUGUGUGUUUGAUAUUAAUGAUCUGAAGGCCGCUGCUACCAUUCUACAUAAGAAAUCAUAGACUUACUGAUGCCUAGGCUGGUGCUGGAGGCGCGUCGUAUAAAAAAAGCCAGCAUGAGGUUUGAUCUGAGGGCCCUGGCGGUGCUCUUUCUUUUAGUACUAGAAUGUAGAUAAUUACAUCUUAGUUUCACACGGAGACUUGGAAUUAAUAUCGGGCGAAUGUUCCAGGAAUGCCUCUCAGCGUAGUUACCAGAUAACAUGUAGGAAUAAAUUUC